AUGGAUCCCGACGAUGGAAACCCCAGCGCCUCGCCCGCUGAUGCGCACUCGCUUGAAGGCAACUUGGACAAUAGCUCAGGCUCGUCGGCGCCGCCACUCAUGGAACUGGAACCGGAGCAGGAGCAGAAAGACCAACCCCUCGCCGAGCCUUUGAUGUCAGCUCGGAUUCAUGGCCAACCCUCUCCGGUCAAACCGGCGAGAAUUGACAUGCAAGAUCCUCGCUCGGGCACCAGAAUCGGGCAAUCGACUCGCUCAUCCAGCCGGGCUCCACGGCGAUUUAGUGGGAGCACUGCGGCCAGUACCGCCGCCAGCUCCAUCAGCGAGUUAGAGGCUGGCGGCUCCAAGCCCUGGAGACUCGGCGUGUGUGCCUUGGAUGUUAAGGCGCGCAGCAAGCCAAGUCAGAAUAUCCUCACGCGGCUUCAAGCGAAGGGUGACUUCGAGGUCAUCGUUUUUGGUGACAAGGUGAUCCUCGACGAAGCGGUGGAGAAUUGGCCGGUCUGUGACUUCCUGAUCGCCUUCUUCUCCGACGGGUUUCCUCUCGACAAGGCGAUUGCAUAUGCCAAACUGCGAAGGCCAUUCUGUGUCAACGACUUGCCGAUGCAGAAGGUGUUGUGGGACCGGCGGUUGUGCUUGAGAAUUCUGGACCAGAUGGGUGUUCCUACUCCCAAGAGGCUGGAGGUGAACCGUGAUGGCGGACCGGUUUUGGAAUCGGCGGAGCUUGCUCAACAUAUUCACCAACUGACUGGAGUCCGACUCGAGGGCCCGGAUGAUGGAACCGGAGGUGGUGCGCCCCGAACUCAACAUGUCUCGAUGUCGGAAGAUGGAGAAUCGUUAGUGGUGGACGGCAAGGUCUUCCGAAAGCCAUUUGUGGAAAAGCCAGUCAAUGGCGAGGAUCACAAUAUUCACAUUUACUUUCCUAAUGACCAACAGUACGGGGGCGGAGGCCGCAAGCUCUUUCGCAAAGUCGGCAACAAGAGUUCCGAGUACGAUCCAGACAUGUCUGUGCCCCGAUCAGUGACAGAGAACGAGACAAGCUACCUAUACGAGCAAUUCCUUCGGGUGGACAACGCCGAAGAUGUCAAAGCGUACACGGUUGGGCCGGACUUCUGCCAUGCGGAGACACGCAAGUCCCCCGUGGUCGAUGGUCUCGUCCGACGCAACACCCAUGGGAAAGAGCUUCGGUAUAUUACCAAAUUAAGCAAAGAGGAAGCAGCCAUUGCCUCUAAGAUCUCGAAUGGCUUUGGGCAGAGGAUCUGCGGCUUUGACAUGCUCCGUGUGGGAGAGAAAAGCUAUGUGAUUGACGUCAACGGUUGGAGUUUCGUCAAAGACAACAACGAUUACUAUGACAAGUGUGCCAAUAUUCUUCGGGACACCUUCUUGGCCGAGAGACGCAAGGGUGAAGCGGUCAUGGAGCCUUCGGAACCGCCAUCUCCGGACAUGGGCUCCUCCCGCCGCAGCACGGCAGGGUCUCAUCGUCAGGCGUUAAAAACGCUGCUCAAGUCCCCAAGCACGUCCAGGCUCUAUGGAAGUCAAAGUGCGCACAAAGGGCACGAAACAGCCCCCUCGGAAGUGUCCCCCGCUGCGCCGUUAACCACACCCUCAGCCGGUCUCGAGACUGUAGAUGCAGGAGUCAAUUCGAGUAACUUGAACUCUCAAGAAAAUCGCUCUGAUGCCCGCGGAUACAGUCCAGCGAAUACCAAAUCCCCCGCCGUCUCGAUUCACCAGGCUGGUGACGGCGCUGCUCCUCCACUUCCUGCGUCUAAGCAUUCGUGGAAACUGAAGGGGAUGGUGGCCGUCAUCCGUCAUGCCGAUCGCACUCCGAAGCAGAAGUUCAAGUUCACCUUCCACAGUCAACCAUUCGUCGAUCUGCUGAAGGGCCAUCAAGAGGAGGUCGUGAUCAAAGGGGCAGCAGCAUUAUCCAGCGUUUCUGAUGCCGUAAAGAUCGCCAUGGAACAGGGACUGGAGGAUAUGGAGAAGCUCAAGUUGCUCCGCACUUCGUUGGAAAAGAAGGGCGCUUGGCCCGGUACGAAAGUGCAGAUCAAGCCGAUGUUCCGGAAGCGCAGGCCAGAGGAGAUGCGAGAGCCAACUUCAGUUACCACACCCACUGCGCCCAAUGCGCCUGCGGCGAGUGAUAAUCUCCUUGAGGAGCCCCUCUCGCCCGUGGUCAGCGAAACCGCAGCUGAAACUGAGGCUUUGCGCCGGUCCCAGACGCGAAGUGAUUCCAUCUCUGGCGCCACCUUCUCGCGCUUUUCUGCAGUGGAGAAUGAUUUGAUCCUGGAUAAACUCCAGCUCGUAAUCAAGUGGGGAGGAGAGCCCACCCAUGCCGCCCGAUACCAAUCCCAGGAUUUGGGGAUGAAUAUGCGGGAUGAUCUCAAACUGAUGAACAAGGAAGCUCUGAAUAACGUUCGGCUCUUCACCAGUUCCGAACGGAGAGUGAGCACAAGUGCUCAAAUUUGGGCCUGCUCAUUUCUCGAUCAAAAAGAGAUUCCUGAGGACUUCAUUCAAGUCCGAAAGGAUCUUCUUGACGAUUCCAAUGCAGCGAAGGAUGUCAUGGACAAAGUCAAGAAAAAGCUGAAACUACUACUGCGAGAGGGGUCCGCUCCCUCUCAAUUUGCGUGGCCUAAGGACAGUAAUAUUCCAGAGCCGUCCGUUGUUCUGGCUACGGUGGUUGAGUUGAUGAAGUUCCAUCGAAGUGUAAUGCGACACAACUUCGAGCAGCUCGAAGCCUCCUCCUUCUCCUUGAAGAACCCGGGAGACGGGGAUUUGUUGAACCAGCAAGAUCCUCAAUCAGAGCAUCCGGACAUCUCCACCAUCCAAGGGCGCUGGUGUGCUGGAGAGGACCCGCGGCUAUUCAAGGAGCGCUGGGAGAAGCUCUUUGCCGAGUUCUGCGACACGGAGAAGGUUGACCCCAGCAAACUAUCCGAACUCUACGAUAGCAUGAAAUUCGAUGCGCUUCAUAAUCGACAAUUCCUGGAGUGGGUUUUCAUGCCACCCGAUAGCGAUCGUGACGAUGACGACGACCGGUGUAGCGUCAAAGGCAGAAGUCCCUCGAAGUCCGACUCGACCUCUGAAAGCAAGGUUGGAAUCGAGUCAGCUAGCGAGAAGGCUGAGGAGCGCAGUGAAAGCCAGACAUUUGUCCAUCGCUUUGGGUUGAAGAAACGGCUUCAAGCCCUCGAAUCGUUGCCGCAUCUUCGGGCCCUGGACGAUUCCUACGAUCAUUACUUCAAGCUGUACCCGGGCUCCAGUUCAAACAAGUGCAAGAUGGAUGAGCGCCUUUCGAAGCUUCGAGAGCUGUACAAGCUAGCGAAGGUCCUGUUCGACUAUGUGACGCCGCAAGAAUACGGCAUCACAGACAGUGAGAAGUUGGAGAUUGGCCUGCUCACCUCUCUCCCGCUUCUGCAAGAAAUUGUGCACGACCUCGAAGAGGUCCAGGCUUCGGAUGAUGCGAAAUCCUUCUUCUAUUUUACUAAGGAGUCCCACAUCUAUACCCUGUUGAACUGCAUAUUAGAGGGAGGCAUUCAGACCAAGAUUGCUCGCCGUGCAAUUCCGGAACUUGACUACCUGUCACAAAUCUGCUUUGAGCUCUAUGAGGCCCGGGACAGCGACAAUGCCGUCAAUCCUUACUCCUAUUCCAUCCGGAUCUCCAUUAGCCCCGGCUGCCACGCCUUCGAUCCACUCGAUGUGCAGCUCGACUCCCGGCACUCCAUCGGUUGUGCCCCACGACGCAGUCUAACCGCCCAUCAUGACUGGAAAGAGGUGAUUGAGACCCUCAAAGCCAAAUUUGAUACGUAA